AUGCAUGACGAACACCCACAUCCUCUCCUCGCCCAAGUUCCCUUGACACUCUCCCCCUUCCUCUCCCUCCCUACCUCGGUCCCCUUGCCAUACUCCUACGUAACCCUACCUUCGACGCUUCCUCCCUCGAUCCUCUCCCAACAGCAACAAGACGGGUCCAACACGUCGAAGCCCGCAUACGUCAUGUCUUCAUCCGGCACGUCAGCGCAUCCAGACCAAAUUCUCACAUCAUGUGUCGCACUACAAGAACAUUUGUCUAAGCUAGAGGCCGACGCAAGGAAGACAUUGGCGCAGUGGGAGGAACGGAGGCAGAAAGAGGAUCUCGCCGAGAAGAGGAGAGUUGCGCCGGGCUGGUUAGAUAGUGGUGUACAUAUACUGAAGCCAGAGGAGAGUGAUGGAGGAGCGAAGAAGGAAGACAAAGCGCCGGUGCAGAAUCUCAUGGAUCUAGAUCCGCAAGCGGAGAGUAAGGCCAAAGAAGGCGAGGAAUUGGAUAGGGUGUUUGGUGGACUUCAAGUUUAG